CAGGAAACAAAAAAUACUUAACAAGCUCCAGAUAUUCUUUAAGUCGGAUCAAAUUUGAAACAAAACAAAACACCAAAAAAAAAAAAAAACAAAAAGCCCAGACAAAAAAAAAACAACACUUUGGAAAUUUAUUAGUGGGCACAGUUAAAAUUUCGUUUUUAAAUUAUUGCUACCAAGCGAAUGUCUUUGGAAAGGUCGAAAUUCUUUGCGGGGGCUCGGGGUGUCGAGACCAACGCAUUCUACGGGUCCAUGACGCUCGGCGCUGGCGAAGGUCACGGCUUUGUUGCCCAUACAGCGGCGCGUGCCCGCUUUGGAGGCGUCCCAAUGCGCCAACAACAACAGCUGCAACAGCUGCAGCUGCAGCAGCAGCAGCCGUCAUCAACGGAGGCGGCAAAACCAAAAGUGGCGAAACGACGCGGCGCACAGCCUAAGGUGGCCAACACAAUGCCAUGCACUGUGGAGGAGUUCACUAGGCGGGCCCAAGCAUUGGCCACGGGCAAAGCUGUCGGCGGCGGCGGCGGCGGCACAGCAGGCAAACCCGCAACGAGCGGUAACAGGCGCAACGUGCGGGGAGCAGGUGGCGCAGAAGCGGUGGCCAAAAAAGUGAAUGCCGUAACGUCUAUCAAUCGGAAUCGCGGCCAGACAGGUCACACGUCCACAGGUGGCAACGAUACGGAGUGGAGCAUGCCGGCCAAAACGGCGAACGGCAGCGGACGCAAGCCGGCGGCGCGUGGACGCCGCAGCGGCCGCGUGCGCAACGAGACGCCGCAGACGAAAUGGCUGCUGCUGCCGCAGAGCAAUUUUCGGCAAUGCAGCGAAUCCUCGUCGGAGGCCAAUUCGCCAAGCAAUGCCAGCCAGCAGCAGCUGCGCGUUAAGGCCUCCUGGCCAGCCAUCGGCAGCCGGCCCAGCCUCAGGAGUCAGCAGCUUGUGGAGACGCCCACAAAAUCCAAUGUACAAUCGCGCUUGUUCACAGUGCCCAGCCAGCGCCAAACGAUGUCAGAUGAGCCAAAGCAGGCGCAGCCAAGCGAUCAUGUGCGAUCAAUGCGACAGCAACAGCAGCAGCAGCAGCAGGCGUCAACGACUUUGCUGUUGCAGGCGGACGGCGUUAAACAGAUGGCGUCCGUCGACAACAGUCGAAGGUCGGCGUCGUCCGUGAAGCCCAGUCCGAACAGCAACACGAAUUGCAGCAACAAUAGCUUUCAAUCGACGCUUGGCUUGAGUGGCAGCAGCAGCAGCACCUGGUCGAACAGUGAGUCCUACGAAGCGCCCCUUGCACUCAAAGGCGACAAUAAGACCAUCAAAGUAACCUCAACCGUUAUCAAAAUAAUGCCCAAUGCGCCGCUGCGCAUCAUAACACCAGCACCAGCAGCAGCACCAGCAGCACCAGCAGCACCAGCAGUAGUAGCAACAGCAGCAACAAUUGCUGCGCCCAGGCCAUCAACGCUAUCGUCAAUUAACAAGCGUGUGCCGCCCAAGCAGCCACAGCAGCAGCAGCAGCAGCAGAAGCCUGCACAACAGCAACAGCUGCCGAAAGCAACAGCAACAGCAGCUUCGGCAGCAGCAGCAACUGCAACGGCAACAGGAUCGUCCAAAAUUGUGCGCGUGGAUCAGCACAAGGUGCCAAAGACCAUAGAGGAUGGCAUCGAUAUAAGCUAUCAGUAUUUUGUUUCCACGCCCGUUGCACGUGGCAAGAAGCCGUUGCCCAUACGCUAUCUAUACAGGCCGAUGGUGCGACGUUUGAAUCAGGCGAGCACAACAACAAGGCAUAGUCGUCGCAGCGGAGGCGGCGGCAGCAGCAGCAAAAGGGGGCUGUCGGAGGGCAAAACGGAGGAGGAAGAGCUGCUGGAGCAGCAUGUUCAGCUGGAUCAGGUUCAGGAUGCAGUGGUCACAUCGGCCGGCAGCAGCGAUAUUGAGUCAUUUGAUUCGAGCACAGAGCUAACUGAGCACAAUCGCGAUUUUGACCCGCCGCCAAUUGUGGUGGAUGCGAAAUAUUUGCCAUUUGUAAAGCAGCUAAAGAAUCAUCCCUGGCCACAGGAGCAGCGCAGAAAGGAUGCUGUGCAACAGCUGCAAAUACUCAAACAGCAACAGUUGCAGCAAAUGCAACAGCAACAGCAACAGUUGCAACUGCAACAUCAAAAAGAAGAAGAGCAGCAACAGCAGCAGCAGACACAGGGAGACCAGGAGCAACAGCUGAAGAAGGCAAAACAUUUGCAAAUGUUGCAGCAGCAACAGCAAUUAAUACAACAGCAACGGCAGCUAAUUGAGGAGCAACAGCAGCAAUUGCUGGCACAGGAACAACAGCUCAGUCCACGCCCAGUGCUGAUCGAUUUUCAGCCAAAUGUGACGCGUCUUAGCGCUGUUGGCGGUGCCAACAUUUGCUAUCAUGCACCAAUUCGCGUGUGCGCUGGUGCUGUCGAGCCAGCAACUGUUGCUGCUGCCGAGGCGACAGUGACAGCAACAGCAACAGCAGCAGCAGCAGCCACGCCCGAGAUCGUUGGGGCGCCGAUAAUAGCUGCCAUUACCUACGAGGAUGUUGAGCUGAAUGCCUGCGCUGCAAAGUCCGUAAGCUUUCAGAUGGAAAGUGACAGCAACUGCAACAACAACAACAACUGCAACUGCAACUGCAACUGCAACAGCAAGAGCAACAGCAACAGCAACGACAACGACAAUAGUUGCAGCCAGAGCGAGAGCCACAACAACAGCAACAAUUGCAGUGUAUGCGGCCUUACGGCCAUGCCCCCAAAAACAGAAAGGAAGCGACGAAAAUGCAAAUCGCGUGGCAAGAAGAAGAGCCGCAACUAAGCGUUGCACCUCCCGAAAUGGGGUGGCAGAAACGGGUUGCAGAUAAUAUGCCACGGAUAUAUAUAUAUUUAUAUAUAUAUAUAUAUAUUGAUAUUUUGGAAGCGUGCCCAAUUCACAAUUUAUACA